AUGGGUCACAGGGAGGAGAAAAAUGCUCGGAGGUCUGUUCCUCAAUUCGGAGGAUGGGAUCAAAAUGGCCCAGAUCCUGCAAACUACACCGUGGUGUUCACCCAAGCUCGUGCUAACAGGAAGCAAAACAAGACAGACUUGACUGAGUUCAAGCGCAACAGCCUGGGGAAUGAACAGGAAUUCUUGGCUGCUCAUUCUCAACAUGGACAUCAUCAACAAGACGAUUCUGUUAUGUGUCUCUUUUUCAUGUACCGCGAUGUUGUAAUAUGGCAGCUCAUGAUUUUGCUGGUUUUGCAGCAAAAGUUGGUGGCGCUUAUGUUUGGCAUGGGUGGCCACCGUUUUGGCUUUCUCCAACAUUAG